CAACCAUAGACAUACUUUUAUCAAUAAUUUGUCUUCUGUCAUCACUCAUCAGGUGAUUGGGGUAGGGAGUAAAAGUACUAAAAUCCUGAAAUUGGGAUAAAACGUUAAUAAUUUCCUGAAUCAAUAUGUCUGGGAAAGAAAAAUUAGCGAUUUUCCCAUCCCGGGGUGCUCAAAUGUUAAUAAAAGCCCGUCUGGCUGGUGCAGUUAAAGGUCACGGGUUGCUGAAAAAGAAGGCAGAUGCCUUACAAGUCAGAUUUCGUAUGAUUUUGAGCAAAAUUAUCGAGACUAAAACCCUUAUGGGUGAGGUGAUGAAAGAAGCAGCAUUCUCCCUUGCAGAGGCCAAGUUCACAACGGGCGACUUUAACCAGGUGGUACUACAAAAUGUCACCAAGGCACAAAUUAAGAUUCGCUCCAAGAAAGACAAUGUUGCUGGUGUCACUCUUCCAAUUUUUGAGUCAUACCAAGAUGGUUCAGACACAUAUGAGCUAGCCGGUCUAGCGAGAGGAGGUCAACAGCUAGCCAAGCUCAAAAAGAACUUCCAGAGUGCAGUCAAGCUGCUAGUGGAGUUGGCGUCACUCCAAACGUCAUUUGUGACUCUGGAUGAGGUCAUUAAGAUCACCAACCGACGUGUCAAUGCUAUUGAGCAUGUGAUCAUCCCUCGCCUGGAGCGUACUCUGGCGUACAUCAUCUCCGAGCUGGACGAGCUGGAGCGCGAGGAGUUCUACCGGCUCAAGAAGAUCCAGGAUAAAAAGAAGAUCAUCAAAGACAAGGCUGAGGCGAGAAAAUUAAAAAUGAAAGAACAGGGCAGGGACGUGCGCGACAUCGCAAACUUACUCGACGAGGGCGACGAAGACUUGCUCUUCUAGGCACGGUCGCCGUGCAAUUCUAUAUAACCUGUUAGUAGUGAGCAGUCAAAUUGGAGCCAAUGUUAGAUCCGCAUUUACAUUGGAGCCAAUGUUUGAUCAAUGAUGGUAACAUAGGAACAAAUGUUUGCUCUACAAAAAUGAUAUGGAGCCCAGUGGCAUGCAGGGACUUCGAAGCAUGGGUAGGCACUUUUAGUUAGGUUACCUAUUUACUGACUGACAGUUUCAACAAAGAUGUUAGUUUAAAAAAUCAACUAUAUUGGAGCCAACGUUUGAUCCAAUUUAAUAUUACGUGCCAUUUGGUCUGCACAAAAAACUUAUCCUACAGUAUUUUAUUUUACGUAAGACAUUAUUAUUGUUAAGGCGAACUUAUGAAACGAUUACUGCGGGUAAUCCAAAUAACAUUUGAUCCAACAUUUGCACCAAUAUUUGUGAUUUGUUUCUCGAAGGCUUCCACAUUUUGACUGCGUUAAGAAAUUGAUAUUACAGUGUUCACACAUCUGUAUUCUGUACAUACCUAAUUAUAACGUCAUUGUUAUUCGCUUGAUAUUGUAACUUAUUACCUUUGCGUUACGGUUUAAAAUCAAAUUAUACGCAUUGGGUUUUUUCAGUAGUUAUCUUAUUUAUAAGCAUUCCAGCUUUUCUUUUAAGUGUGCUAAAAAAAUGAAAAUAGAGAUUUUAAUCCACUUUUUCUUUAAUAAAUAAGGUUAAAUGUAAAAUGUUCAAAUAAAUACAGUAAAAAAUAUGUCUAAGAAUUUCGAACUACCCGCAAUUUUAUGUUACGAUUUUCUUUCGCAUUUUGUAGGUGCAGUAUAUUUUAGUGCCUAAACACCAUAACGUGUGCUGAAAAUGUUUUCGCCUGUCAGUCUGGAUAUCAAAAAAAAACCAGUAACCUAGAUCGAAAUUUACAUCAUUAAUACCUAAAAUUCGCCAAAUUUUACUGAAAUCGAUUAUCAAACAUGAAAUUAAAACGCAUGAUAUUAGCUCGAACUUUAAACAAAAGAAAGAGGCGGAUUUUUGCGGUGCUUAAAAAAUAUGAAACAAGAUACAUCCAUAGUUUAAACAUUGCGAUGCGUUUGAUUAAAAAGAUAUCAAGAAAAAUCUAUUAUAGACGGAUUUUAAAUCCCUAAUGUUCGUACGCCUUUAGUAUUAGGCCAACGCAAAAUGAACUGCAAAUGCCUCCAGUAGUUUCUAACUUAAAAAUUACAAUGAUUAAAUAUCGACUUUAUACAAUUGGAAUAAAGAUAAAAUUUGCAGCGGCUGCAUUUUUUAUUCUUGGCCCAUCACCUUUUCAACUGGCACAAUAUGUAAUUACAAUUCUAUUAUAAUUGGAUAAGGUAGAUAUUUCAUUGUCCGUCAAUAAACUCCUCUAGUACCUUCUGAUGUAUAGUAAAAUAUCGACCUUACGGUAUUUUCCGUUCUACGCGGGCCCCUAAUACUAAGGUAAACUCGAUAAAGUAUUUAAUUGCCCUUGAAAUGUUUUUUCAUAGAUUAUGUUAAGCAGACAUGUAAAUACAAGUUGGUGAAAUGAUAUAUUAAAUAAAAUAUUAUUGACGAAA